CAAAGCUGCGCGUUAUGAUUCAUCUAUCCAUUUCGAUCCCGCGGGAAAAUAUAUAUUUUCAUUUAUCAAAUUUUUCAGAUAUAUUCUAAGAGUCGAUAAUCAUAAGCAUCUACAAUGAGUGAUGAGGAGCCAGACUACAUGUCAGAAGACUUCCUGAAGUCAUGUGUCGGCGGCCAGGACGUGCGGCCGGGCCUGCAGUUCCGCCGGGAGGCCGAGCGGCAGCACCGGCUGGAGCGGCGCCGCCAGCUGGCCGACCAGCAGCGGCGCGAGCGCAACCGGCCCACCCACGUCCUAGAGGCGGAGCAGCGCGAGCGCGCCCUGGAUAAGCCAAUCGACUCUAGCAACAAAGGCUUUGCAAUGCUGCAAAUGAUGGGCUACAAACCUGGAAUGGCAAUCGGCAAACAAGGUGACGGUCGGACCGAGCCGAUCCGGCCGGAGCUGAAUCAGGGCCGCGCGGGGCUCGGACGGCAGGCGGCGCUGCGCGCGCUGGAGGAGCGCAAACGGGAGCUGCGCGCCCGAGCCGCCGAGCGCCGCCAGCAGGCCACCUGCGCCGUGGAGUUCCGGCGGAGGAUGCGCGACAAGAUGAGCGACCGGCACCUCACGGCCGACCUCAUGAAAAGUCAGCGGGUCUGUCAGGAACUGGACUCGAAAAUGGACAUUGCGGCUCCGGCCGAGCCGUGGUUCUGGCCGCCGCCGCCGCCCUCCGAGGCUGACGGUGACGCAGAGGCUGACGCCGAGCAGCAACCGGAGGAGGACGCCGUCCCCUUCUCACCAGCCGAUCAGCUGGAGCUCCUCACCGACUACCUCCGCCGAACGCACUUCUACUGCAUCUGGUGCGGCUGUGCCUACGACGACGAACGCGACCUCAGGGAGAACUGUCCCGGCAACACCAGGGAUGAUCACUGAAUCAGUGUGCUACUAGCAAAUGAAUCACGCCUAUUUUUUUUUCUGACAUUUGGAUGCGUCGAUACAGUUAGGAAGAUGUCACGCUCGUAUAUGUACUCGAAUGUGAAGUGCGCAUACACACGCGCCGGGACGCGCGCUUACGCAUUUGUAUAUAUCAUACGUGCGUUCCCAUGCAAACGUGCUCUAGUGUCGCCACUUAUCGAUGUCCAUGACUUUGUGCAAAUACAUCUCGAUAUUUGUGUGU